GGGGACUAUGUAUGGCUUCCACCACAGAAACCCUCGGAAUUUGCCGUACCCAUUGGCGGCGUAGUCAAAGAAGUACAAUCUGAUGGAUUUCUGGUCGAAGAUGAUGAUGGAAAAGUAGUGAAGGUCUCCAAACAAACAGAACUAAAGCCAAUGCAUCCGUCGUCCGUGGAUGGAGUUGACGACAUGAUCGCCCUAGGUGAACUGAACGAGGGUGGCAUACUAAGAAAUUUACAUAUUCGAUACAAACAAAACAAAAUUUACACCUACACUGGAUCUAUACUCGUGGCUUUGAACCCCUACCAAGUCUUGCCAAUCUAUACAGCGGACACGAUUCGGGCAUACAGAAAACGAAAGAUUGGGGAACUCCCACCACACUUGUUUGCAAUCGGUGAUAAUGCCUACGCCCAUAUGAGGCGUUACAAUCAAGACCAGUGCAUCAUCAUCAGCGGAGAAAGUGGGGCCGGUAAAACAGAAAGCACAAAGCUUCUGCUACAAUUUUUGGCUGCGGUAAGUGGACAGCACUCAUGGAUUGAACAACAAAUUCUUGAUUCAACGCCGAUCAUGGAAGCUUUUGGGAACGCCAAAACGAUCCGCAAUGACAACUCUUCACGAUUUGGCAAAUAUAUAGAAAUACAUUUCAAUCGAGAACGGGGCACCAUUGUCAGUGCACGCAUUGAGCAAUACUUGCUGGAAAAGUCUCGAAUUGUGACUCAAGCACCAGGUGAGCGAAAUUACCACGUCUUCUACUGCAUGUUGGCCGGUAUGCCCGCAACAAUGAAGCAAAGUCUUGGGCUGAGUCACGCGAGAGAUUUCAACUAUUUAACGCAAGGAGAGACUGUCGCUGAAAGCAGACAAGAUUCUACCGAUUAUGUGAACGUAACCUCCGCAAUGCGAGUCUUGAUGUUCACACAAGAUGAAAUGGAUCAUAUUUGGUCUCUGUUGGCGGCAAUACUCCAUCUGGGAAACAUAUGCUUCAAGGGUGAUCAAAGCAAUGGAGUUGAUACCAGCUCAAUUAGUGCGGAAUCUUCACGUCACCUUCAAAUGGCAGCCAGGCUACUAGAUGUUCCAAUAGAGGACAUGCGAUCUUCACUGACAACGAAGCGUCUAUUCACAAGUAGUGAAUGUGUUACAGCCCCACUGUCUGUUUCAUCAGCUGUGACCGUGCGCGACGCUCUGGUUAAGGCAAUCUACUGUCAGCUCUUCGUCUGGAUAGUGGGAAAAAUCAAUUCGGCUAUUUACAAACCUCCAUCAAGAGCAUCGGCUUCAAAAGCCGUGAGAUCAACUCCAAAACCAGGCAGUCCCGGUAUGGUUUUUGAUGAGUCGCCAGCAACAACUCCGGAUCAGACGAAACACUCUCCUUGGAUGAAAUGGUCGAAAUUUGGAUCCGCGCAUUGCUGGAAUAGAUUUUCGGACGCCAAGAAUUCCUCCUCCUCUGCGGGUUCUGGUCGUAGUUCCAUCGGAAUCUUGGAUAUAUUUGGUUUUGAGAAAUUCAGUAAAAAUAGCUUCGAACAAUUGUGUAUCAACUUCGCCAAUGAAAACCUGCAACAGUUCUUCGUCCGGCACAUUUUCAAACUCGAGCAGGAAGAGUACAUUGCCGAGGGAAUUGAAUGGACUCAUAUUGAUUUUGUUGAUAAUCAGAGCACGUUGAAUCUGAUCGGCGCCAAACCAAUGAACUUACUAGCUCUGAUAGACGAGGAAUGUCAGUUCCCUCAAGGUUCAGACAGUAGCUUACUGCAUAAAAUGAAUGAACUUCAAGCCAAUCAUCCUCAGUACGUCCGUACACAGUCAACGGCUGAACAGCGCUUCGGUAUACAACACUUUGCCGGUGUUGUCUACUACGACGUUGAUGGUUUCUUAGACAAGAGCAGGGACACGUUUAGCGCAGAUUUGGCUAAUAUGAUUCAACUGUCCAAGAGCCCGUUCCUCCAACGACUAUUCAAAGACUCGCUUGCCACGGAUUUUCAUGAUCUACAUCUUGAAAGAGAACGCGAUCGCAUAUUGACUAGCUCAGCGACGCUGAUCCAGGCACAUGUGCGUCGCCUUCUGACGCAGCGUUACUAUCGGGAACUGAGGUCUUCUACUAUAUAUCUACAGAAAAUGGUCCGAGGCUUCCUUGUCCGACAGCGUUACAAGAAGGUUAGGCAUGGGAUCUUACAGAUUCAGGCCGUCCUAUGUGCUCGACGGAUGACAGAAUCCUUUCAUAGGACUCGAGAUUUCGUCAUUCAACUUCAGGCGUACGCACGUGGCUUCCUGGCUAGACGUAUUGCCAAGCUGCGUCAUCCAGCCGCAGCCACCAUUCAGGCAGCAUUCCGAAAAAUGAUGGCUCGAAGGGCCAGUCUGAAAGACGAACGAACAGUCCAAACGACUGUCACACUUCCGCAUCAUGACACCGUCACCGCCAUUGCGAACGGAGAUCUCACACAAGACGAUGACAUUACACUCUGCCUCGAUAAAAGUGAAAGACAUCAAUUUCAACCCUUAGAUGCGGCAUUCAUGUCGGAUGACCUCUUUAGUAUUGCGCUUGAGAAUGAUGCAAGUUGUACAGUCGACGCCUAUUGCUUUGAACCCGGAUGUUCCACAACCGAGGGCUCUGCUAGCUACACCAAAAAACCGCGGUCAACAUGUACAACGCAAUUUCACCCAGCUUUGGCUCAAAGUCCCACCCUAAACAGUUCCAACACUAUCUGGAUUGUGGAAAAAGUGAACGCUGGUGACGUGGAGGUUGAAAAAAGUGAGACAACAAAGCCGGUAUCGACGUCAAUCCAUUUGGGAGGUUGUGAUAAGCCAGAGCCGAGUUCCUUUUCUGCAGUCACGUACAUUCAAGUGAGCAGCGAGCGAGAUCAUAAAGUGAAAGAAGAGACAUUCAUUCGAUUCGCUUCCACCUACUUCCAAGGUGGAGAGACGCCCUACUUUAGUAGGCGAAAUCUGAGCAGGUCCCUUCUUGCCCAUGCGAACGAAAACGAUGAAAUGGCAUCACUCGCAAUAUGGGUGAUGAUAUUACGGUUUAUGGAGGUACUUCCGGAACCGAAUAUCCGUGUGGAACAAACCAACCGGCCGGGUUUCCAGUUUGGCGACGGCAGAUAUCCUAGCAUCCGUCGCAUGCUUGAUGGUGACGGUAAAAUGGUGGUAUCAAAUAGCCCAUCGGUAUGUUCCACAACUGCAUGUCGGAAAGUAAUGCAUGAACUAAAAUGCAUCAAGUUAAGAAGGGUGACCGCCAGAUUCCAGCUACAGAGGAUAAAGUUUAUCAUGAUCAUCAAUGCCUAUGCUCUCGCAAACUCCCCCAAUGUCGGACUUCCGGACUCCUCCUUCUUGAUGGGCGAUUUCAUUGUGCGAGUUGGCUGGAUUUUACUUGCUUUAUGUACGGGUGUAUUUGCACCCUCGGAAAGGUUCAUCAAUGUGUUUCGGAAUUUCCUUCGCUCCGCUUCCACGGAAUUCGCGCGACUUUGUUUGCAUCGCCUACAUCGCACGUGUAAGAAUGGCGAACGUAAUCAACCACCGAGUUGGAUCGAACUUCGUGCCACACGACUGAAGUCCGGUAUCCCACUCUCUGUGACCUGCAUGGACGGCAGAGUAUUCAAUGUGUUGGCAGAUUCGGCUACCACGGCAGGUGAGGUGUGCCGCGCUUUGGCGAAGAAAGUGAACCUUCAAGAUGCCUUUGGAUUUUCACUGUUUAUCGAGGUCUUUGAUAAGGUGUCCUCCUUAGGGAACACGUCGGACCAUUUGAUGGACGCCAUUAGUCAGUGCGAUAAAUAUGCAUUGGAAAAAGGUGGCCGUGAUGUGCAUUCAACUUGGAACUUGUAUUUUCGAAAGGAAAUUUUCGCCCCAUGGCAUGAUCCUGCAUUAGAUUCGGUUUCUACAAGUCUAAUCUACAAUCAAGUUACUCGUGGAUUGCUGUAUGGAGAGUAUCGAUGUGACAAGAAAUCUGUUCUUGCCCUGCUAUUGGCUUGCAAGUAUUACGUCGACCUUUGUGAGGCACGGGGGAACAGUGAGCGGCUGGCCCAUAUUUCUGUGGAAGCAGUUCAAACCUGGUUAACCAGUUGGAAUUGUCCAUGGAUUAAAAGUACCGCUGAAUGGGUGAAGCAGAUGUUCACGCAUCUCCAGCGACGCGAUUUGUUCAGUUCGCUGCCAAGACCAAGCAGAAUCCAACAAGAGGUUGUGCAAAUUGCGAAGGACCAUUGGCCACUGUUCUUCUCGAAAUUCUACGAGGCGCAUCAAUUCACCGGUCCCAGUCUUUAUGUUGAAGAGGUGAUUAUCGCCAUAAACAGUGCAGGCCUGUUUGUCGUGAACGAUCAGCAGUAUCUGAUUCGUACAAUGAACUAUCCGGAAAUCUACUGUUUGGUCAACAGCUGCCCUAAAGGAGCAAUGAUAGACUUGCUCACCAUAACAACGGUAAAAGGAGUAGAAUAUAGUUUCUUUUCAAAGGAUGCCGAGGAGAUUAAAAAUUUGGUGAUGGCUUUUCUCUCUGGACUGAAGGAGCGGUCACGCUAUGCGAUCGUGGUACGAGAUUUCCAUCAAGUCCAAAGUGAGCCCAAGCCUCUGCUCUCCUUGAAUUACGGAGACUUAAUCAUUCUGAGUAAAGAGAAACGUGUACGCAACCCAGAGGACGACGAGGAAGGUCGGAUAUUGGAAGAGCCUAUGGAUCCUGACAGUCCAACAAUGAUACCCUGCUCCAGCCCCUCACCUUUCCCUUUUCUGCACGAACAUCUUAUUCAGCUUGGCGACAGUCAUGGCUGGUGUGUUGGCGAAAACCAGCGCACUGGGAAAAUGGGCGAAUUUCCGGUCAAAUGCGUGUACGUCCUUCCCUGCUUAACAAUACCCUCUGCGGACAUAUUGGGGCUUUUUGGAACUUCCACACAGCCGGCAAACCAGAGCGAAGGAGAAGAGGGAAGAUCCAAGUUUCAAAAACUUAUGCGAUCCGUAACUCCAGUCCGGAACAUCACUUACUUGCCAAGGCUUAUGAGCAGUAAGGAGCAACCAGGCUCGAUGUACACUGUGACCACAGACAUCUAUGUGGGACGGCGACAGAAACAGCAUACUCUGGCAGAAUUUGCCGCACGCUAUUUUAGAGGUAAAAUCUUCCUGUUUCCUUGUAAAAUAUCCAAGAUGCAGCUUGUUGAAAGAAAAAUGAACAGAAGUGCCGAGUUAUGGAGCCAUACUCAUGAGGCAUUGAAAAAGCCGUUACUUAGAAAGCUGGAAGAUGCCGAUGAGCGUGAUCAACAGACAGCUCUGGCCACCUUCAUAGCCAUAAUGCAGUAUAUGGGCGAUUCCAGGCCCGACAGAACCGCAAAGCCUUCCAUCUCUGAUCCAUGCAUUUUGACAGACAACAUAUUCGGUCCGUUUCUUGCCUCAGAGUUACUGCGUGAUGAGAUUUACUGCCAAAUAAUCAAGCAAUUAACAAAAAACCCAAAUAAACGAAGUUUUAAGAAAGGCUGGGAACUCAUGUGGUUGGCGACGGGGCUGGCUGCACCGAGUGCACCUCUGAUCAAGGAGGUGGAAACUUUCCUUCAUUCUACUCCGUAUGAUCGGGGACGCUUGUGUUUCAGUCGUCUGCAGAAGACCAAGGGUCAGAGACCACGACGAUUUCCACCGUGUGAACUUGAAGUGAUACGAAUUCAGCACAACCGGACGGAAAUUUUACAGACCGUGCGAUUUCCCGACGACUCGGAUGCUGCAUUUGAGGUGGCCUCUGGAACAAAAACAAGUGAAUUAUGCGAAAGAAUUGUGUCCAAGCUGGAUUUAGUUAACCGAACCGGCCAUGCGCUGUACGUUCAAAUUGGGGAACAUCUACAAGAUAUUCCGAGCGACACACACUUUUUUGACUUUAUUCGGUGGAUGAUGGAUUGCAUAAAGGGAGAACAAGAGGUCAACAAAGGUGUUUACUCUCAUCUGUCGUAUGAGCUAUUUUUCAUCCAAAAACUAUGGAUAGACAUUAUCCCGGGAAAGGAUCCGAAAGCAGACAAGCUAUUCCACUUUCCUCAGGAGCUUCACAAUUAUAUAUGUGGGCACCACAAAACCUCCGUAACGAAAUCAAUAGAAAUGGCUGCCUUGAUACUUAUUACAAACGGGAAUCGGUUGUUGGAAAACGCACAGACGCUGGAUAACAUUGUACCACAAUGCCUUCGCACUGAACUUUCUGAUGAGUGUUGGGCUGCUGAAAUAAACCGAGCACUCCGUUGGAUGAACAAAUUCACCAAGGAAGAGGCGAGGGUUAUGUUUUUGCGGUUCAUCUCUAGCCUACCCACGUACGGCUCCACGUUCUUCGAGGUUACGCAAAGUAGUAUCCCUGAACUCCCCGGAAGAAUUUUAUUAGCAAUAAACCAGACCGGCAUCCUCGUCAUUCACUGUCAAACAAAACUACAACCAUCGUACGACAAGUACCCGGUUAUUACAGCUGAUAAUGAUGAUGAUGACGAUGAUGAUGAUGAUGAUGAUGAUGAAAUU